GAGCCGUGCCGCUGGGAGCCGCGUGCGCGCGGUGCUGCGUGCGCGCGACCCUGGAACGCCGCUGGCGGCGUGCGAGACGGCUGCGACGGCCACGGCAGCCAAGUAAGCGGUGCGCCAGCAGCCCCUUGUUCCCCGCCCGCGACGCGCCCGCCACGCUCGCCUCCGUUCGGGAUCCGUUUCCCCUCUCUGGAGCCCAGACAGCGGCGAGCACUCAGGAUAUAUUUUUACCAUCAUGGAUCGGUUUAUAGAUGUAUCAGAAGGUGAAGUGGACCAUUCCUUCUUUGACAGUGACUUUGAAGAAGCAGAGAAAUGUGAAAGUAACUCAGUUUUUGGCAAGCAAAAUGAUGACCCUAAAGAGAGAAUAGAUAAAGAUACAGAAAAUGUAAACUUGAAAUUUGGAAUACAAAGGAAGGAAAAUGCAAUAAAGGAGAAAAUUACUCCAGAACACCACCCUGUAGAAAAUGAUAAUAUGCAAACCAGAAAUUCUUUAUCAUUGACCACUUCAAGAUCAAAAAAAUUGUGGGAUGCUACAACAGGGCAUAAAAUACACUUGCCCACUCCAAGUAGAAGUCCCAAAAUUAUAAAAGAAGGUGAAGAUAAUUAUUAUACAGAUGGAGAGGAAAGCAGUGAUGAUGGGAAAAAGCAACAUGUCAGGUCCAAGUCAGCUAAACCAUCUAAUAACUUUAAAAAAAACAUAAGUAAAAAAUAUUCCAAAAGUAAUUCCUCCUCCUCCUCUUCCUCUUUGUCCUCCUCAUCUUCAAGUUCAGGCACAGAUUGUUCAGAUGCAGGGUCUGAUAUCUGUAUUUCUGAUUCAUCGCCAUCAUUAAAGAAACGUCUAUGUGGUGUAACCCACUUGUCACCAAAACAGAAAUAUAAACCAGGAAUGAAAUCAACAGGAAUACAGCCUUCAAGUGCUAAACCAACAGUCAAUGACUACCAUGAGGAAUCUGAAGAUACUGUGACAGAUGUCACUCCUCUGUCAACUCCAGACAUCAGCCCUGUUCAAUCUUUUGAACUGGGAGCAUCAAAUGAUCAAAAAGUAAAAGUUAAAAGGCAAGAAAACGUGAGUCAAGAAGUAUAUGGAAAUGUUGAGGAUUUAAAAAAUAAUUCAAAAUCGAUGAAAUCAACCAAAAAAGGGCAAGAUAAACAUGGGCCUGAUCUCACAUCAAAAUCUUCAGUGUUAGAUUCCAGUUCAGACCACAGAUAUAAACAAAAAGCCCUACAUGACACAAUGGACCUCAAUCAUCUGUUGAAAGCAUUUCUGCAGUUAGAUAAAAAAGGACCACAAAAACAUCACUUUGAUCAGCCUUCGGUAGCACCAAGGAAAAACUACUCUUUCACAAGAGAGGAAGUGAGACAGAUUGAUAGGGAAAAUCAGAGGCUUUUGAAAGAACUGUCAAGACAGGCUGAAAAAUCAGGAAACAAAAGUACGAUUCCUAGAAGAUCGAUUGUUCAUCCCCCUAAGUUAUAUCAUAGUGCCCUCAACAGACAAAGGGAACAACAAAGGAUUGAAAGAGAAAAUUUGGCUUUAUUGAAAAGGCUUGAAGCUGUGAAACCAACAGUUGGUAUGAAACGCUCUGACCAACUGAUGGACUAUCAUCGCAAUAUGGGUUAUCUCAGCUCAUCACCGUCCUCAAGACGAGUGAGAUCAACUCUUGGCCAGUAUAGCCCAUUAAGAGGAGCUUCUAGAACCUCCAGUGCUACCAGUGGUCUCAGUGGUCUCAGUUGUAAGAGUGAGCGACCAGUUUUUGACACGUCAGGUGGCCUGUUGCUAAGACCUAAGCCCCCUAAUGUUCGUACAGCUUGGUUAUAAAAACUUUUUGCUUUAAGCAUUGUUCAUCCAGUUCUUAUUGAAGUGCUCUUGUACAUUACUACAAUUCUCUGUGUAAACAUCUCUAAUUUAAGAUCUACAACGAGUUGUAAUUUUAUUGUAAUUCAAUGCAAAAUUGUUCUCAAAAAGACAGUGUAAAAUCAGUGUUUCCUAUAAGGAUGUGUUUCUAUGAGAUGUAUAUGUAUUUGAUAGAGAAAUGGUAGUAUGCAUGUAUAUUUUCUCAACAUAGAAAUUGAUUCAGCUCUUAUACUGAUGAAACAGUUGUGAUAAUAUUGCUAUAGCACAUUGGACCCAAGAUGUUAACGAUACUGUUCUUGUUUUAUGUGGUUUUUUAGAAGCUUUAAACCAUGAGCAUAGCUCCUAAAUUUGACUUUUUCUCUUUGCUCCAGAAUUUAGAUGGUAUAAUUCAUAAUUUGAUUGUAAGACUUGAUUGUACACUUUCUUAUUAUGAAACAGAACUUGAACUUGUUUUCAUUGGGGGAGCUGAUUUAGAUUUGGUGAGCAGAUUGAGAGAAGCUUGUGCUAGGGCAGUCCUUGUGAUUCACCAAAGGCAUCUACUACCUCUGUAUAAGUGUGCUGAGUUAGAUCUGAAAAAUGUGAUCAACCAUUCCAGACCAUUUCAAACUGUGAGUAUUAGGAAGUUCAACUUGGAAGGCCCUCUUCCAUAUUCUUACACAUUGAGGUGAAAUACCACUGAUGAUUCUGAAAAAUGAGGUAGACUUUAGAGCUACAGUCCACUACAUUGUGAAUAGGUUGUCCAAGGACCAGAUAUGACCAUAAGCAAAUAGUUGUUGAGCAAAAUAGCACCACCAGUUUGAGGAGCCAAGAAGCAGAUCCUCAGUUGUGUCUGAACAGUGUUUUAAGUGAUACUGUUGACAAGUUGUGUUAUGUUUAGUGUUUGCUGUAUUGAGAGAGAAGAUAAGAAGUGCAUGGUAUUGAAGCUUUAGAAAUUCCAACUACAGUUUUUAAGAGCUGAGAAAGAAAACUAAAAUAUAAAUGGUAAAGGAGAAAUAUCACACAUUUGUUGAGGCUCCUUUAAAUGUCAUGUAAUAUUCUUGUAUUGUUUGGUUUGGGCUUUUGGGUUGAAUCCUGGAAGUACCAUUUUUUACAAUGCCACUUUUGAAAUCCUAGUAAUCUUAAUGGAAUUAGUAAUGGCAAAUAGGGUGUCAUGUAGUUGACUUUUGAAAUUAGAAUAUUUUUCUGUCAACCUGUGGGCUCUCAUUUCAUAGAACAAAGUGUAUCUCAGUUGUGGGUGCUUCUGCUGUCUUGGUCAUCAUUGUUUCAUUACUGGCCUUUUCAGUAUACCUUUGGAAUGUACUGGAAAGUUUCCAUUUUAAAUGCCAAAUCUUUUUUUUAAAACAAAUUCUGGAUCUGUAGCCACAAUAAUAUUUGUUGUUUAUUUUUCCAAGUUAGCGCAAGCUUUGUAGCAUGUUUUCCUGAACUUAUUUUUCUUAACCACCUUGGGCAGUAAGCCAGACUGCAUUUUGCUAAACUAUCAGUUCAGAAUUUCUUGGUAUUAAGUUGGUAUUGAUGGAUUUUUGUCUAGGAUAGGGCCUGUGAAGUGUGGGAACAAUGGUGUGAAAAAAAAUUCACAUGACCACAACCUGGCUGAGAUUUUUCGCUGCUUUCUUUAUGCUGUAAUGUUUGUUGAUUGUUAUUUGAUGCUGUGUUCUGGUGACCAGGUUCUUAGAUCAUUUAGUGCUCUGCUUUAUUUAUUAAUUGUAGUUAUACUAAACCAAGGGUGUCUUGUUUUGUGUUUUUAGCUUAUUGCACUUUUAAUGUUUGUAUAACAACUUAUCUUUACAAAGAGUUAAGAUAA